UUUCUGAGGCAAGGAUUCUUAUAAAAUGAAUACUGUAAUCAGUAAAGUUUAUUACAAUCAUUUUUACGAAGGAAAACUGGAGACGGGCAUCUAACUACCUAGAUGGCAUAUAAUUGCAGAUAAUUAAAGGAGAAUCUUGAAUGUAACGCACAAGAAUUAAUACUGAUUUAUAUGGAAUUUGUGAUUUACCAGCUGCCACAUCGAGUCCAAUGUAGAUUACAUUUAUUAUCUGGAUGAAACUUAAGCUACCAGGAAUCAUUCACAAUUUGUAUCACUUGACUGCAUGUUCGCUGUGCUUCAAUUAAAAGACAUCACUUUAUCACGACUCCAUUGCUGACGCAUAUGAACAUGUAACUGAAGCGCGUUAAAGGAAGUCUCUGAUAUGUAUGGGAACAGGUAUUUUCAAAUUAAAGGCUGUUUCAGGUAUCUUUCAUUUUACAUAUUCAAAAAAUUUAAAGCAAUCACUUUGAAAUCUAGACUCAAGAUUUUGAUCGAUUCAUUCAAGUUCCAUACUUCGGCAUUUGUAAAUGUAACAUAUCUACAACAGACCUGGUAGCAGAUUAAAAAUAUAUAGCAAGUUAAUUACAGCCAGUUGGAACAUAAUGGAUGAUACAACACAAACAGGGAACUUUUCAGAGGAUUCGGGUUUACACAUUGUUGCCACGACAAUGGAAGUUUUCUGCAUCAUUAUCAUCUCUUUGCUGACUCUCCUGCUAAAUGCCUUGAACUUUGUAUUGCUUUCGCAACUUCCAACGUUCAAGAACAACAUGGGAAUGUACCUCCGAUCCUUAUCGUGCGCCGGUUUCAUAACAGGACUCAUCUUCACUUUGUCCAUCUAUCCGGCUAUUUUUGGUUACUCUUAUUUCCCGUAUCACCAACUUAUUUGCGAGACUCAAGCAUUCAUUAUAGUGCAGGCGUCAGACGUGUCGAUCGUCACGCAAGCUAUGUUAAAUCUUGAUCGGUAUGUUUCCAUCUAUUACCACAUGAAAUACCUCCAGUUUAUGAGCAUCCGAAAAUGCCAAAUCAUCAACUUGGCAAUAUGGAUAAUUAGCUUCAUGUUUGGCAUGCCGGUAUUUAUUUCGUUGGGAGCAACGUAUAUGAAGAACUCAUAUCUAUGUAGUCCAGACCUCAAGUCCAACCGACUUUACACAAUGAGUCUGAUAACCCUUAUUCUCUUGCCAGCAACGACAAUCAUGUUUUUUUCGUACAUACAGCUUUUGAAAAUAUCGCGUCGCCAUGCAACACAGAUCGAAGCGCAGAUCAGUGCGGUUUCUAGCAAUAAAUCAUCUAAUAAAGAGCCCGGUAAGCGAUCCGGCGGGAAGAAUAUGAAGGCUCUAAAGAUGCUUUUGGUGAUAACAUUUGCUUUUAAUAUAACUUGGCUUCCAUUCACCGUUUUAAGUGUGUACCGUAUGUUAUCGGGCGGCGAAACGGAGCCUCAUUGGAUCGGGUUUUUCAUACCUUGGUGGGCACAGGUGGGCACAUUAAUUAAUGCGGUCAUCUAUUUCGUGUUUAGUAAAGAAUACAGAUUAGGACUGAAGAAAUAUUUAAAACUGAAUACAAAGAAGGAUCAAGAAAACAUGAUAGCUGAGAGAACUACAGCAUGGAUGUGAGGCCUCAGCUUAUUACUGUAUGCAGCAUUUUGUUUGGACAUUUCCAUCAAUAUUCAUAAAUAUGUACGGUGGUAUGACCUGCUUUGGCAAACCCUUAAUUGUUGGCAUUUUAAAUUUUGUGUUAGCAACCAAAAUUUUUGAAAAUCAAUAUUUCAACUGUAGAUCAGUUUUAUGUUGCAUUUUACAGUAGUAAAGAAGAAAUAUUGAAAAAAUAAUCCUGCCAAAUAUUAUUCACUAAUAUCACUGAAAAGAAUAAAAUUAUUUUAAAAAUAUACACCUUUCUACUAACAGGAAUCUUGGAAAGAUUAUUUCUUUAAAAACUGUGGCAACUGAUACAGUACAAUUUUAUUAUUAUUAUUAAUAAAAAAUCCAUUUGUACAAUAGCAGUCCAAAGUUCUGAAUUGGAGCACUGUUUUAAAUUUACAAUUUACAAAUUGAUUAAAAAAAAAACUAAUGAAAUAUUUAUAACUUUGCUGACACUGACUGAAUCUCAUCAAAUAAAGGCUUUUUUUAAGAUUCAUUUGCGUGU